AUGAUAGCUCUUGCCUCUCACGAUGAGGAAAUAUAUCAGUCAAAAUGUAGACGAGACAUUUCAGCCGACCUCCUGAUAGCUGUCUUCUGCAUUCCAUUCUCGUACUGGCAAGUGUUGAUCUUCGACGAUCAGCGAUGGGUGUUUGGCUCUGCAAUGUGCAGUCUUCUUUCGUUCUUCCAAGGGAUCGCAGUGUUUCUGAGCUCCUGGACUCUAGUCGUGAUCAGUUUUGAUCGAUGGAUGGCAAUAAUGUUUGUUAUGUCACCAAGUAUGCGCUUGACACGGAAACGAGCAAUUUAUCUCGUUCUGGCUACGUGGGCUUUCAGUAUAUCCAUGGCACUGCCACUAUUCCUCGUCUCGAGGAUACAUGUAAACGAUGGUAUAAAACGUUGUGAUGAAGAUUGGUCCACUGUGGACGCAAUUAUACCAGGGCAAGCCACAGCCCCGUCGGGCCCCGGUGAUUCUCGCCGCCUCUACUCGUAUCUGAUCCUAGUGCUGCAGUACGUAGUACCACUCACAGUGUUGAUCAUCACCUACACCUUUAUCGGUAUGAAGAUGUGGAACAGCCGAAUCCCUGGACCUACCAGUUCUACGAAGAAAGUGGUGAUGGAAAGGCACGAGAGUGUGAAAAAGUUGAUUCCGAUGGUGAUUCUGAUUUCGGCCAUGUUUGCCUUCUGCUGGCUGCCUCUUCUGCUCCUCAUCAAUGUGGUUAUCGAUCUUUGGCCCAGCGUUGCUAGUUGGAAAUUUAUUCUUUACAUGUGGUGA